UGUGGUUCUAUUAUUAUUUUUUUUUCGUUGGAGGAGACGGAGUUCUCCUAUAGAUUGAUGGUUUAGAUGGCUAACAGCAGUGCCGUAACUUCGACCUUACCAUCGAGAGACUAUCAUUGUAAGGUUUGCGAUUUAUAUUUGGACACUCUCGACUCUUUAGAAGUGCAUUUGCAAUAUCAUAAAGAAAAUUUAUAUGUUAAGUGGGGAACGCAAAAUUCGCAAAAUGAUACAGAUAAUAACAACGGAACUAAACUAAAAGUUGAAACAACAGUGUCGGCGCCCGCCGAUUCCAGUGACAAUAUGAUCACUAAGCCCAGCCCAGAGUUCCAGCAGCGGGCUACGCCCGAAACAUCGGCUCAGUUCCCGCACCCAGCGACACCGCAGAGCUACCACAGUGCACCUUCGCCCUAUCAAAAUCCGGAUCAAACUAACUUCUCACCAGGCCACCAAUUUGGUAAUAGUUAUGCACAUUCUAAUUUUUCACAAAAUCAACACGCAGAGCAUAUUUCGUGGGAGCAAACGCAAUAUAAUCAAGAAUAUCAUAAACCAGGUCGCUUCCAUCCAUAUAACAUGCAAGAACGAGUUUCACAAGUAUCGUCAUCUAGCCCGCUUUAUGGACAACCACUUAAUCAACCAACGCCAUCGCCUUCACCUAAUCAAUGCGAUAAAUGCGGGUUUGUUUGUGACUCAGCCGUUCAACUCAAUGAGCAUUGUAACACGGCACAUGCAGGUUCGAGCUCAGCGCCGGCAACAGGAGCACUGCCUUUUCAACAAUUUCCCGUAAAGCCAUAUAAUAACUCUGGAUAUCAAAAUGAAAGUAUAAAGGUUAAGGAAGAGCAUGAGGAAUCUUCCGAUAUUUUGGAUUUAGACUCACAAAAAGUUGUUUACCAAGGAAAUGAAGGAGAUCAGCAAACUGUGGCAUACGAAGAACCGUCUUCACAAGGACGCGAAAUUAAUACGCGCACUGUUCCUAUGAUGCCAUGGGAAACGCAAAAGUUGUAUAGUAACCCCCAGUUGAAUGGGGAUGUUUCACUUUUUAAAGAUCAAAAAAUGUUUGGAGAGCAAAAGCCAUAUUCUACAGAUACCAAAAUGUUUCAUCCGGAUCCAAAAUUUUCAUAUGGACAAGACAAGUUUCUCAACGUUCAUCACGAUCAAAAAGCAUUUAUGCAUGUUGAGCAGAAAAUAUAUCCUGGAGUUCAGAUGCCCCCUUUAACUGAUUAUCCGGGACAAAUUGCUUCUUCUAAUUCCGAUAUGAAGCCGCCGUACCGUCCGUAUGACUCACCUACUGUACCACAGAUUACAAGCACACAGCCCGCUAAUCCUACGUCAUCGGCUUUGCCUUCAAUUGGUGGAAAGGGCGCUAAUUGGAAGUCAAAUGAAGCAAGAAGACCAAAAACUUAUAACUGCACGGCAUGUAACAAAUGGUUUACCAGUUCCGGACAUCUUAAAAGACAUUACAACACGACGCUUCACAAAAAUGCUGUCAGAUCAUCUGGCCAACCAGAUCCAGCUACAAUGCCAAUAUCAAGUCACCAUCAUCCCAGCCGUGAUGCACUUCAAGCAAGGGCGCAACAACAAAGCGCUGACUCUAACACCCAGAGUCCAGUUCCUUCUGAAGAUAGCCGCAGCGUCGAUGAUGCCGUUUUGCAGUCGCCGUACGCCUCUCAGAACUUCGAGCGCUCCCACCGUGUCGCUACAAUGCAAUCUAAGUCACCGUAUACACAUCUUCAACAGGGUAAUUUAGAUAAUAAUUUCAGUAAUAAUCCUCUAGCUAAUCAUCCUUUACAGCAUCAGGUUGGUUCACAUCCCAUCAAUAUGGGUAGCCAACCGCCAGGUAUAGGUCAUCUUAGCGAUAGUAACCACCCAGGAUCUAAAGGGGCUCCUAUUUCAUCUUCGGGGAAUCCCCCAAACGGGGAAGCAGGUCCCUCUGUUUCUCAAAAUCACCAUAUGAGGGGCCUGCUAUCAGUGUCAACCAGCAAUAUUUCAACGCCAGCUCUAACGCAGAGUACCCCGGCUCUUACAGCUCACACGUUGCCGCCGUUCAGCCAUUUGGGUGUCAACCCAUACAGCCCGAGGUCUACGGAUCCUUUGGGACCUUCAGUACCGGAUCCCACCCACACCCCCUUAUAUUUGGGUCAGAAUUUUCAGCAGACUAUAGCACCGAGCUACCCAAACGGGAUGGCCCCCCACGUUAUGGAUAUGGCUAUCAACAAUCUGCCUAUAGCCAAUCCGGCUACUUUUGGUGAAAAUACACCUGAAGAAGUCGAGGUUAUGGAACAGGAAACGUCGAGUCAACCUGCCGGUGGACGCUUGCCAAGUUUCGCGCAGCUCCAAACGCAGAGUUUCAGCGUUUAUGUUUCUAACUACGUCACACAGCCUAACGUGGGGGGUCAAGCUGUUUCUGAUGAGUCGACCGCCGGUUACAUAAUCGUAGACCCGGUCCACUCUCCAUUACAGUAUAACAAUAUGGAUAUUUGCGGGCAAAACUUGGAUUACGAAUAUAGCUUUUCACCGAGAGCAUCUAAAGAAAACAUGAUCAAUUACAACUCGGAAAAUAUUAAAGUAUAUCCAUACGGAUACGCGGUAGGAGGUAAAACAAUAAAACGCGACGACGAUGUUCUACGUACCGAUUCUAGCGAGCUUCAAAUAUUAAAAAUAGAAGAUAUAAUGGAUUAUGCUAAUAAAGAAAAUUACGGUGCCCAAAUGAAAUCGCCUGCAAGUCCCGAGAGCGCAAAAGCAGAGAACGAGAGUCGCGGCUCUCCUUCAAUAACGUCGACUGUGUCGAGCACUCCUCUCGCUGAACGCAAUCAGCUGAAGAAGUCUGUACCGGCCACAGUGCACAAAUGCUACGAAUGUGAUAAGUUCUUUAAUAAGGCAUGCUAUCUGACGCAGCACAAUAAAACAUUUCACUCAGGCGCUAAGCCGUUUAAAUGUGACCGGUGCGGCAAACGCUUCUCUGAUGACGUGUCUUACGAGGGUCACUACUUAAAGCACGCAGACAAUAAGCCUUUUAAAUGCAAUGAGUGUCCGAAAUCUUUUAACCACAAGACAGAUUUGCGCCGACACAUGUGUCUCCACUCCGGUUGUAAACCUUUCGCGUGCGACCAUUGCGGUAAAGGAUUUAUUAGAAAAGAUCACAUGGUGAAACAUGUUGAUAUUCAUAUUAAAAAGAAUCUUAGGUCGUCCUCAUCGUCGGUAUCGUCAACAUCGUCGUCUUCAUCGUAAACAUAUCAUACUGAUAAUUUCGAUCACAUAGCAUUAAAUUGAAGUUCAAAGUAGUGUUCACAUAUCAUUUUUGACCGAUAGUAGAUAAUCGAAUAAUUGUUUUUUGUCAUAUACGACUAAAUAAAUUUACAUUAUUACAUUGGUAGCUCGGUAUGUUAUUAUGUGUAUGUUAUUCCUAUUAAGGCUCAACUCCAGCGCACGCAUUCAGACCGCCGGUUCGCUUUUUUGUUGUUCAUUCAAUCUAACCUUGUGUUCGAUGCAAGGUGACUUUAUGUGUCUGGGUGUCUGGGCGCUAAACAUAUAAUUACGUGACGUCGGAGUAAAAUUCCGCGAUAUUGUUUAGAACGAUCCAUAUCAUUUUUACGUUAUUAUAAUUAAUAGUGUAUAUGCAUUGAUGCAAACAGCGACCAUGCUCCGUUUUAGGUCGUUCUCGUAACUCGACCUUUACCAUUAAAACAUGCUUUUUUAUUUACGCUUCGUAAAUUCUAGGAAACUUUAAUUUUAGAUAAAUACUGUCUUCUGCUUAGAUUUGUUAAUGUUAACGAGUGAUUGGUGUAUUUUAAAGUAUACUUACCAUUAGAGUAAUUUAUGUAAAUAAUUGAAAUUUGGGACUUAAC